AAUCAUUCUGUUUUCUUCUCUGUUCCAAAACAGAGUUCAGAGUAGAUACAAAUUUUCUAUGCUCACAUCCAAUUCAAAAACUCAUUUUCCAUGCUCCAGAUUUUACAAACUGUUUCAGUUUCAGUUUCAUCUUUUCUAUUCUCUUCUUUCAAAUACAUAACAUAGUUUCUCUGAACACACUAAAAAAAUGGAGUCGUUCAGUUUUAAUCUCCAAGCAGAAAAAACAAACGCAAUUCUAAAACAUAGGAAACUCCAAAGAGUAACAACGUUGUUACGUCUUGUCGAAGUCUGUGUCGUUUUGGUGUUAAUUUCAAGGCUUUCCAUGAAGCUACCGGUUGUAGUAAGAAACUCAAGCGAGUAUAUAAAGGAUUUCUCGGUCUUCAUGAAUAGUCCUUGUUUUGUUUUUCUCAUCGGAAACGUUAUAAUAAUCACGUUAUUCGUUCAGGGUUUACGAAAAAACGUUCACGAAGAAACAGAAACAGAGCAUGUUGAUAUUUACGAAAAGUUAGUACGAAAAAGUAAGAAGCAGGAAGAAAAAGAACGAAUAAGAAAAAACGAUUGUAGUAAAGUGGAAGAAGGUGAUAAUAGGGUAGUGGAGGAGGUGGAGAAAGUGAAGAGAGGGGUGAAGAAGGGUUAUUGUUAUAGGAGGUGUGAGAGUGAGGUAUUGAAGAAACGACGUCGUGUGUUGCGAAGGUGUGAGAGUGAGAAGAACAAGGAAAUCAAAAGUAUUGAAGGUGGUGGUGAAGAGGAAAUGGUUAUGAGAAUUUCGUAUCCUGAGGAUGAGAUGAGUAACGAGGAGUUUCGUAGGACUGUUGAAGCUUUUAUUGCUAAGCAACAGAGGAAUCUUAGGGGAGAAGAAGAAGAUUACUCAUGUUUAGUUUAGAUGUUUAAUUGUACUUAUUGUAAUUAAUUACAUGUGUCUUUUGUUAAGUUUAUUAGUGAUUUCAAGUUAUAGAAUUUACCUUUAAUCUUAUUUACAA